AAUGAGUCUACAGUUGCAGGCGCUGUCGUAAUUCCAUACUAGACUGCACCAAAUUAUGGAAAAUUAACAGUGUAAUUCAUGAAUACAAUUCUCAACAUGAACUUCGUACGCCUCACCAUUCAACAGACGCUCUUAAAGAGUAUACGCCCGUCGCUGCCAAAACCGCAGACUUACCUGCAUACCCGUAAUGUUGCAUCAGUCGUGGCCAGCAGCUGCUGGUUCCGAACCACAUGGCUACCGUUAGGCAGCAGGACUAUGGCAACAACCACAACGCCAUCCAAUACAGUCGCUAUCACUACGCCAGCUAGCGAUUCCACUGGAGUCGCCGAACCAAAGCUCAAGACAAAGCAGAUUCCGAUUGCCGUGCCAGUGGCGGGGGAGCCGCAUGAAUCCAUUUUAACAGCGAGAACGCGUACGCAACGCAAGAAACGCGUUGCCGUCGACGAUCUGUCCGCAUUGGGUUUUCUCAAUGCGCGCGGCUUCACCACCGCCGAGGAAUAUAAUCUGGAUGAACUGCACGCGGCACUAAAACUGCAGAAUCUGUACGAGACAAAGCGCUAUUUCUCCACCGACAACUUGGGUGUGGAGCAGAACGUUUUGUAUGUGACGGCCAAGUAUCCGGUGGGUGAGCAGCCUCGCGAAAUAUUCUUCUUUCGCGAGGGCUCUGUUAUUUUCUGGAAUUGUAAUGAGGUCGAGAUGAACAAUGUUCUGACCUUUCUGCGCCCCUUCGAGCGCGAAUCGUACCUGACGGCGCUCGUCCACGGCGAGAGCGAAGCUAUGCCCUACACAUAUAUCCCAUCGACGGCGGUCGAUGUGGAGGGCGAUUUGAUUGCGGAGACCAGCGAUAUAAGUACAGCGUCACGUGCCUUUUUCCAAAAUGGUAAAUUCUUUGUGACAGCGGACGAUGAUAAUUUUUUGUACAAAUACACAUUCUCCAAUGCGAUGGCACAGUCCAUCAAGCUGGGCAUAUGGGAGGCCACGUUGGAUCGCUACAUUGAUUCCAUGGAGUUCCUUACGGAAGACUUAAAGCGUGGACGCCGGCUGCGCAUUUCCCGAGCCGCAGUGCUGCGCAAAACCGGCGAACUAUUCGCCCUGCGUCAUGUCAUAAAUCUGUCCUCCGAUCUGUUGGAUGCACCUGAUUUUUACUGGGACCGUGAGGAGCUGGAGGGCCUCUAUCUGCAGGUCUGUUCGUACUUUAGCAUCUCGCGACGCACCAAAGUUAUGAACGAGAAGAUCAAUCACUGUGUCGAGCUGGCCGAGCUAGUAUCGCACAAUCUGAACGAUGCCCAUCACAUACGCCUGGAGUGGAUGAUCAUCAUACUGAUCAUGGUCGAGGUGGCAUUCGAAAUAUUGCAUUUUAUCAAUCCUAAAAGCGAGAGUGAUCCCCAUGGAGCUGGCAAGCCCAUGCUGCUCAAUUCGGACAGAACCCAAUCUCUGUCCACCGCGAAUACAUAGCUACUACAUUGAUAUACAUAAAUGUAUAAACAGACACAAGAGUUAAGGUGCAAAUAAAUGUUUAAAAAACAACUUA